AUGGUUCUUUUAUUUUAUAUCUUCUCUCUUCCGGAUUCUUGCUGUAUUCUCUAUGACGUCAAUUGUGGUAGCGUCGCGAUUCCAACCGGUAACUAUUACCAGACCGGCUGUGGAGAAUCCCUUUCACGAUGGGCUCGCAGACACGAAAUCUCCUCCGCCGUUCUUAUCACGGAACAGGUUAGCAUCCUUUUAUCUAUCUAUCUAUCUAUCUAUCUUGAAUCUCUGUUCACUAAAGAUCUAUCUAUCUUGUUCACAUUAGUAUCCAUAAUGCCCGUUCAUAUUUUAUCUCUCCAUCCAUCUCAAAGGCUGUUCAUAACUAUCAAUCUAUCUAUCUAUCUAUCUAAAUCUAUCUAUCUAAUUAGAGACGCGCGACAUUUAUCGAUGUCCGUUCAUAUCAUCUCCAUCUAUCUAUGGCAUUCCAUUCAUCUAUCUAUCUAUCUAUAUAUAUAUACUAUCUAUCUAUCUAUCUAUCUCUUGUCAAACCUAGUUCAAGUCAUAUAUAAGAAGACUGGCAGCAGAAAUUUAUUUUCUCGACGACUUCCUGCAUAUCUCUUAAGAAACGUCCUCUGUUUCUGGCUCACGUGUUCUUGCUAA